AAAAUAAUCUACAAGUUCAUUAUGAGUUUACCGUCGGGCGUGGAUAUGCAGAAUCUUAUGUCGCAGCACCCCGUGCUGGGCGCCCUGCCACCAGCAUUUUUCCUACGCGCUGCCUCAGAGCGCUACCAACGUACUCCCAAAUGCGCCCGAUGCCGUAAUCAUGGCGUGGUUAGCGCUUUGAAAGGACACAAGCGUUAUUGCCGUUGGCGAGAUUGUGUGUGCGCCAAAUGCACACUUAUUGCCGAGCGCCAGCGAGUAAUGGCCGCACAGGUUGCAUUGCGCCGCCAGCAGGCGCAGGAGGAGAAUGAGGCGCGUGAGCUGGGCCUAUUGUAUACAUCGGUCCCCGGUUCAAAUCAGCAGAAUGGAAGCGGUGGUGGCGGCGAUACGCCUACACCACACAGUCCGACAAACGCCACUGCCGCUGCAGCUGCUGCUGCCCAGAACAGCGCUUUUCACAGUGGAAUCCCUUCGCCCCCAAGUGAUGGCUUCGAAGCCAAUUGCACACCAGGGCAUCAGCAUCAUCAGCAACCACAGCAGCACCCUCAACAACAGCAGCGCAACUUGACGCAACUGCAUUACAAUGGUAAUGAAUCGGACACGGAUGGACGCACACGCUCCGAGCAUCUGAGCGUGGGCUUCUCACCCACACGCACGGAGCUGGAUGAGAGUCCAGUUUCUAAACGCGGUACUGGCCUCUCAAAUGAGACUGACCAGGACACAGGCUCCGAGUCAUCGCCCAGUAGUCCGCGUCCAAAGGUGGCGGGUUUGUUUAACCUAACAGCUAGUUUAUCGCCGGCGCGAACGGGCCCACCUAGCUCGCCAGAGUCUGAUCUUGAUGUAGAUUCUGCGCCCGACGAAGCCACGCCCGAGAAUCUCAGUCUGAAGAAGGAGGAUUCAACUUCGCCACCGAACACACCCGCCGAAAAUCUUCACUUGCUGCGCUCCUUUAGCAAUGGACAUGCGCAAGGCUUUAUGCCCUACCAUCACACGCAGUUCCUGGCUGCCGCCGGCAUCCCUACUCAUCAUCCAGCCGCUCACUCGCCUCUCCAGCAGCAUGCCCAGCAACAUUUGGCCGCCGCAGCUGUCGCCCAGCAGCAGCAACGUUCUCCUAUCGAUGUCCUCAUGCGUGUCUUUCCCAACCGGCGACGCAGUGAUGUGGAGCAGCUUAUGCAGCGCUUUCGUGGUGAUGUACUGCAGGCCAUGGAAUUUAUGUUAUCCGGCGAGGAUAUGGCUCUGAGUGGUGCCAGCACUACGCCUCCCACUGUGCCGCCUUCACCACCAUUUCCGAUGAAGUCCGCCUUCUCCCCGUUGGUUCCACCCUCUGUAUUUGGAUCGCCCACGCAUCGAUAUCAUCCGUUCAUGCAGGCGCAUGCCAAACGCUUCUUAUCAGCACCGUAUGCCGGUACGGGUUACCUGCCUGGUGUACUCAGUUCCGCGGAUAUCGAACAAUCGGAAUCGAAUGGAGCCACUAGUAUGGCUGUUGAUCGCGCUAGUAAUGCAGGCGACUCCCAGGAUUGA